AUUAUUCUCUCAUCCCACACACAAAUUUCAAAGAUGAAGAUGAUCCAAAUUGUUCUUUUCUUUUUUGCCCUAAUCUCAUUUACCACCAAUGCUAUUGAUUCUGAUGAUUUCUGUGUAGCAAACUUAUUUCUUACAUCAGACACCCCUUCAGGCUAUCCAUGCAAAUCAGAAAAAUUUGUAACAGCGGAUGAUUUCAUGUACUCUAGCUUAGCAGCUGCUGGAAACACAGCAAACCCUUUUAAAGUUGGAUUAACCUCGGUAAAUGUCAGUAAUUUAGCAGGUCUCAAUGGACAUAAGUUAUCUGCAGCAAGAAUAGAUAUUGGUAUAAAUGGAAGUGUACCAAUGCACACUCAUCCUGAUGCAACUGAAUUACUAAUCGUUAUUCAAGGUCAAAUUACUGUUGGAUUCAUCACACCUACAAAACUUUUGGUGAAAAUUCUUAAUCCUGGUGAUGUUUGGGUUUUUCCAAUAGGACUAUUGCAUUUUCAAUUUAACUCUGGUGAUGGAAAUGCUAUUGCUUAUGCUGCUUUUAGUAGCUCAAACCCUAGCAUACAUGUAAUUAGUCCUUUGUUAUUUGGUAACAACUUACCAACUUCCACAAUUCAAAAGACUACUCUUCUUGAUGCUGCACCAAUUAUGAUGCUUAAGGGUGUGUUUGGUGGCAGUGGCUAGGAUUGGUAGCUUAUGAAUCAUCCACUUCUAUGUUUGUUUUAAAUUAAUAAGAUGAGAUAUGUCAGCAAUAAAACACAUGUGUGUUACGUUUUUUA